AUUAUCUUCAUCAUCCUCCAGUUAGCUUCUGUAGCAGUAGAAUGUUGCUGGCCAUGUUAGCUUGUGUAAUGGCCAUGCUUUGCAAAGAACAAGGUUUAACGGUCAUCGGGCUAUGCAGUGCCUAUGAUAUAAUUGUUUCAUGCCAACUCACACCACGCAAUAUAUUGAGGGCGCUAUUUACACAUCAUGACUGUAGCAAUAUAAAAGACAAAUUGUCUUCUAAAUCACCUUGGAUACAGUCACUAGUAAAGCGCCAUCUGAUUCUACUUAUCUCAGGUAUCGUUAUGGUAACAGGCCGGUAUUUUAUUAUGGGAUCUCUGCCGACCUUUCAGCCAGUAGACAAUCCGGCAUCAUUUGCUGAGAGUCUUAUAGUUCGAAUAACAAAUUAUAACUACAUCUACUCAAUUAAUGGUUGGUUGCUUAUGCAGCCUAGCUGGUUGUGUUUUGACUGGGCAAUGGGCUGUAUAAGCCUCAUACAGACUGCAUCAGAUCCUCGUCUCCUGGCUGUCUUGGUGUUCUGGUUCAGUCUAGGAAUGAUUUUAUACAAAGUGAUAGUCAGUCCUCCAAGCCAGAAUCAAAGAGUAUUAGCAAUAGGUUUAGCUGCACUCAUCAUCCCAUUCCUGCCAGCGAGCAAUAUUUUCUUCCGGGUCGGAUUUGUGAUAGCUGAGCGUGUCUUGUAUCUGCCCAGCCUAGGUUUUGCCAUCAUUGUAACAUUAGGGUUUAACUGUAUCUGUACAGCAAAGCCAAAACUUCAAACGGUUGUAUUUAUUGGAAUUUCUUGUCUGCUUUGCUCCCACAUUCUGCGGUGUGUCCAACGCAACCGUGACUGGCUGACAGAAGAUUCUCUGUACUACUCUGGCUUAACUGUUUGUCCAAACAACGCCAAGGUCCAUUAUAACAUUGCGAAAAGUGCUGCAGAUAAAGGCAACAUUGAUGAGGCUAUUCAUAGGUAUCGCACUGCUAUUCAGCUUAGUCCUGGGUAUGGACAUGCUAUGAAUAACCUGGCAAAUAUUUUGAAAGACAGGGGGGAGAACACUGAGGCAGAAAAGCUGCUCAAGAACGCUGUAGCAAUACGGCCGGAGUUUGCAGCAGCCUGGAUGAAUCUUGGCAUUCUACAGGCGGCCAUGAAGAAAUAUGACCUAGCCGAGACUAGCUACCUGACAGCGUUGAUGCACAGAAGAAAAUACCCAGAUUGUUACUUCAAUUUGGGAAAUCUGUUCCUUGCGAAACGUCAUUUGGAUAAAGCCACAGCUGCUUGGCGGGAAGCCAUACAACUGGAAGUUGAUCACGUCGGAGCCUGGCGCAAUAUUGUGCUCCUUAUGGAAGAGAUUGGCCAGUUUGACACUGCAGAGUCUGUGGCAGAGGAGGCUUUGAAGCACCUCCCUCAAGAGCCUUCAAUCUAUUUUGCACUGGCCAAUGUUUAUGGGAAGUCAGCUAAGUAUGAGAAUGCAGAAAAAAAUUACCUAAAAGCCAUUCAACUGAGUCCAAGUGUAGCAAGUUACCAUGGUAACCUUGGAGUACUCUACCAUCGCUGGGAAAAGUAUAGCCAAGCGGAAAAGUGUUAUAAAACUGCCCUGGCUUUGGAUCCAUCUACACCAAAUUUGGUAGAAAAUUUACACAAGCUUGAAAACAUACUUGCUAAGCAAGAUAAACGACAGAAGCUAUUGUCUUGAUUAUAGAUUUAUCUAUAAACAAAACAUUUCAAUUUUUUUGAUAACAACAUUGAAUGAUACGUUUAUCAAAGGGCAAUCAUAUGGACUAUGGCAAUAAUAAGAUUCUACAAAUUACAUAAGUGCAUUUUUAAAAAUCCGGAAACUGAUAAGAUAAUUUUAUUGAAAUUCUGUAUGAUAAAUAUCAGUAUUAUUGUUACUAUAAAACUCCUAAUUACAACUACUACCAUUUACAAAAUAAGUAUCUUGUCUGCGUUCGAACAUAACAAAACAAUCAAGUUUGUGAUGUAAUUGUUUUUCCAUGUUUUUAACAGAAUGAUCAGUGGAUGUCUGAAAACUUGAAACAUGAAUGUUAAUAACAGCAAAACAGAUUUUAAUUGAGGGAGAAAGUACAAAAUGAAAUGAAUAAUGGUGUGAUUGAUGUAUAUAUUUGAUUUUCCGAACAGCAGGGGUGUAAAUGAAAGCUGUAUUAUCUGAAAUAUCAAAGUGAACCUGUAUAUUUUAUGUGUACAUAGAACAGAUUAUAAGUAUUUUAAGAACAUAUUUUAAAUUUUAAUAAGUCUUUCCAAACGUUAGUCCAUAAAUGGUAGGCUAAUGAAGAACAUUAAAAAGACAUUUUAUACAAAUUUAUGAAAUAAUUAUCAUGAAAUAACAUUGAAGAAUGAAUAUUCGUAUGCAAUAAAUAGAAAAAUGUUGAAUUUAAUACAGAAAUGAUCAAAUUGUAUAUGUGUUGGGUUCUAGUUAAGUGUAUUGCAAGCAUGUUGUAUUCAAAGAAUAUUUUAAAUUUAUCUCAUUGAUGUUAAAAGCACGUCUCUCAUGCCUUUGAAAUUAUAAUUUUAUUACUUAUUUGAGCCUGAUAUUAAUGUCGGGGGCUUCACUAGCGUUCCAGGGGCAUAGGACCCCCGUCGGGGGCCUCUAGACCCAAGCUGGGAUUCCCCUGUCGGAGAAUUUCCAGAAAGGUCAUCGGGGAAAAAUCAAAUCUCGAGUGCCAAAAGUACAAUUCAAGCAUGCCUUACUAAGCUGUCAAAGUUUUAGGGAUUAAAAACUGUUUGUGCGAGCAGUUUUACCGUAUGUGCGAGGUGUUGUAUUCUAUUUUGAUUGUAUGGGUUGCAGUGGUGCGCCAGCUCUUCCUCGAUAGGAGGUGGUACCUCCGACAGGGGAUUAUUACUCCGACGGGGACCAGUACUCCUGACAUCGUUUUUAAAUAAAGAAGAAUCCCAUAAUUAACACAACAUUUUAUUAACUUUUAAUAAAAGAAAAUUCCUGACAAAUUAAAUUGGUGUGGACCCCUUUGUCAUGGAGGUUGGACACCUUGUUGGGGAAUUGCUGGCGCCGCCCCUAAUUAAUGUAUAGUUAUUGUUACAAUGGAUGUUUCCGGAGUGUUAAUCGCACUUAAAAAUGGACCAAUGAGAACGGGGCCACGCACAUGUUCAAGUACAUUUAUGGUGUUUUGUGGACCCUAGCAACAAUAUGCAAGGGGCAGGUCUUAGCUGAAUGGUUCUUUAAUUUUUACAGUACUUUAGUAACUUCCAGGCCUUCGGUGGCACCUUGUUUUACUCAUUUGGGGGUGGGAAGUUGUGAAGAGAAUGUAAGAGAGGCAUCCAGGUCUGUCCCCUGGCUGGAUCCAGGGGAAUAACAUUCAUAUGGGUCUAAGAGGACAAUUCUCCUUCCCUUCACAAAAGUCAGAUGUUAGGCCUUGGAAAUUAUGUUCAAUUCAAUAAUUCAAUAAUGUUAACAGGUCUUCAAAAAAUUGUGAAAUUCCAUUUUUGUGUUAAAAUAAUGCAUGCUAGUAUUCUAUAAAAAUAUUUAUUAAUAAAAUGUUGGGAAGGAUAUGAAAAUAUUUAUUGUUUGUAUUACAAAUUGUUAUAUAUAAUGUUUGUGUGUGCUGCAAUUAAGACAAAUCAUUGUACAUUGCCCUUUAAAAGGGCAAAGCGAAUUGUUAAUGUUAACACAUUGUAGUUAUUUGUGUAAAAGUAGAGAAAAACUGAAAUAAUUAUAUAUCAAAUCAUAAAUGUAGAGGUUCAUUUUGGGUAGGCUUAGCAGUUUCAGUGAUUUUAAAUACAGUAAUAAUGAAUAUGCCAGCAGUACUGCACAUAGUAGGAUGUGUAUACAGCUGGGCACCAAAUUGAUUCCCGGUCGUAAAUUCUUGAUAUUUUGGGGUUACUUCAGACUAGCCGGCAGCAAGCAAAGCAAGCCUCACUCUCUGUAGGGGCUAGCUUUGUUCGCUGGUUGCACCAAUAAAAUAGAUUAUGGUUUAUGUAUACAAAUGGUAUGCUCAGUGUGUCACAAUGUCAAAAUAGGACCUACUGUCUGCCUGUGGAUGGCAGGACCAGGUCCGGGGAGAAAGGAUUUAAGGUGUUUCCUUGUAAAAUAUUCUGGAGAAUAGAUUUAGCCAUUCUAAUAAUUUAUCUAAAUAAUUUCACAAUUGGUUAACAUUUUUUAGCUGCUGCUAUGAUCCGCCACUGAUGAAGGUACCAACUACAGUAGAUGUGGUUGGUAUCCAACAACGUUGUUUAUCUCCGUCACUUGUUCACUGUAAUAUUACAAGCAUUGAAAUUAUCUUUGAAACAUCCUAAAGUAAUAAUACUAUAUACAGUAGUAUCUAUAUAUAUGUGACCUGUUUUGUGGUCUGAAACUGUCAUGAACAAUAAAUCUGAAAACAAAAAAA